AUGCAUAUUUGCUUUCAUUACAUUAUUUACUGUGUGUAUCGUGAAUGGUUACAAAACGAUAAAAAAGGUCACCAAGUCUUCGCGUCUUAUCCGGUCUUGAUCAAUUAAUCUCGGACCGGUAUUGGAUAUAAUUGUUUGUAUCUUAAUGUUAAAGCUCUCAAAUGCGGUUUAUCCAGUACAUUAUAAAUAGACGACCGUGAAGGAAGUGGCAUUUCGAAUUUCUCUACCAUCAUGUUCGCGUCUACAUGGAUCUUACUGGCGUUCGUAAUAUGCAUUCUCCUCUACAUCUUCUGCAUAAAACCGUACAUCUUUUGGUAUACGAAAAGGGUGCCUGGUCCAAUACCCGUUCCAAUAUUCGGUAACAUUCUGGAGAACAUUUUGCAGAUCAAGCCGUUCACCAAUGUGAUCACGGAUUACUGCAAAGCGUUUGAGAAACACAGAUAUUAUGGAUUCUACCAGUUCUCUAAGCCGGUGCUCAUCCUGAACGAUUUACAGCUGAUCAAGCAGAUGAGUAUUAAAGAUUUCGAACACUUUGCAGACCACGGGACAAAUUCGCGCGAAGACAUCGAUGAGUACUUCUGCAAAAUACUGUUCGCUCUGAAAGGUGAAUCCUGGCGACGUAUGAGAACGACGAUCAGCCCCGUUUUUACCGGAAGCAAAAUGCGUUUUCUUUUCGGAUUGGUCAGAGAUUGCGCCGAGAAUGCAGUGAGUUAUCUGCAUGAACAGAAGGAGGAAGUGAUCGAGGUGGAAAUGAAAGAUUUCAGCGGAAGGAUAGGAAACGAUGUUAUAGCUAGUUGCUCACUUGGCAUCACCUGCGACUCGCUGCGAAAUCCAGAAAAUGAAUUCUACGUUAAUUCAAUUAAAAAUUUCAAUUUCGUAGGCAGCAGACUUAUGGUGCUCUACGCGUUCAUCUUCAACGCUUAUCCAAACCUCUUAAAGCUAUUUGGCAUCCGGAUUUUCGGCAAGAAAAUGACAAGCUUCUUCAAUAAGGUGAUCGCCGAUUCAAUAAAAUAUAGGAAAGACAACAAUGUUACUAGGAGCGAUGUGAUCCAACUGUUGAUGGAUGUUAAGAAAGAAAAGUCAUUUAUAACGGAUCAUGAUAUCGUGGCGCAAGCAUUGUCUUUUUUCUUCGCCGGUUUUGAAACAGUUACUUACAGUAUUUCCUUCAUGUGCUACGAAUUAGCUUUGAAUCCUGACGUACAGGAUAAACUGUAUGAAGAAAUUCAGGCCACUUUUGAAGGAGACGUUAAUUACGAAGCUUUUGCUAAAAUGAAAUACAUGGAUAUGGUUAUUACAGAAACUUUAAGGAGAUGGGGACCCUCGGUGGUGAUCGAUAGAGUUUGCACCAAAGACUACAAAAUACCAGCAAAACUACCGAAUGAACGCGAUCUGCUCAUCAAGAAAGGACAGCUAAUCUUUAUUCCCGUACACGCAAUGCACUGGAAUCCCGAAAUUUACGAGGAUCCACAUAGAUUCUAUCCGGAGCGAUUCCUGGAUAAAAAUUCUGCAGAUCCUAACAAUCUGCUCAGCUUCGGCAUCGGACCAAGAAGUUGUAUCGGUUCGAGAUUUGCGAUUUUAGAAUGCAAAUUGAUGUUGGCUUAUCUACUGAAAGAUUACGAGAUUGUUCCCAUCGCAAGAACCAAGAUUCCCAUCAAGCUCAGCAAGAAGCACAUGGGAGCAAGCGCAGAGGGCGGUUUCUGGAUGGGACUGAAGAGACGAAAUUGAUUGUUGUAUAAUUUAAAA